AUGGGCCUGGCAGGAGAUGUCAAGGUAUACGACUCCCAGGUAAGCUGAAUAUUGCCUUGUUGUCUUUGCUUGCUCACCAUCUCCUUCUUAGCUACGAGUUAGCUCAACGGGUAGACAACUUACCAAUCGCCAGUGCUGCCGCCGCUGCCAACGAGUAGAACGCAUCCGUCGAGAGGACACAAACCAGGCGAAAGUCCUGGCCGUGUGCCGUAGUGCACGCCGUCAACACCAGGACUGGUUCGACGACAACGACGCCGUCGUCAGCAAUCUGCUCGCCGAGAAGAACCGCCUUCACAAAGCCUACGUAGACCACCCCACUGAUGACAACGAAUCUGUCUUCUACCGCAGUCCCCGCCACCUUCAACAACGGAUGCGCGAGAUGCAGGACGCCUGGACUGCACGCAAAGCUGUUGAGAUUCAAGGCUACGCGAACCGCAACGAAUGGGAGAACUCCUUCUCCGCGAUCAAAGCUGUCUACCGUCCGCCGAUGAAGGACACUGCUCCUCUCCUCAGCGCCGACGGCAGCACUCUCCUGACUGAAAAGACGCAAAUUCUACAGCGAUGGGCGGAGCAUUUCCGAGGCGUCCUCAACCGCCCCUUCGCCAUCUCCGUCACCGCCAUCGACCGUUUGACGCAAGUGGAGACCAACUUGGACCUCGACCUCCCGCCAUCUCUACAGGAAACCAUCAUGGCCGUGUAG